CCCAGCAGAGUCAUCAUGUUUGUGCCUGCACAGAGCCCCAGCAGUGGCAGUAUUGGUGAUGGGGACUGCCAAAUGGCCGGAUCCGGGCUGGGGGGCAGGAGGGGGACCGUGCUGGGUGUGGGGGGCUGCCACAGGCCUCCAGUCUACUAAAUGGAUGAGAAGGCCACGUGCCUACCCAGGAAGCCGCCGCUUCGUUUGCACCUUUCGUUCCCGACGUUUCAGGGCGAGCUGCGAUACGACAGCCACAACAGCCUGCGCGUUAAACGGGGAACGGAACAGAAAUGGAAAUAAACGUCCGCAUCUGUCCCGUUUUUAAGAUAAACGCUGAAAUCACCUCGUGUCUCCCAGUCCGUCCACAUUCACCCAAGGACCGUGGGGAGAAGUCAAUGUCCAGGGAAAAUUUGCAACCGUCACCUGCAAACGAAGGGUGGGAAAUCUUACGGGAUACAGUGAUGGAGCAAAAAGGGGGGAGGGAAAAAAACAGUACAUCGGUUGAGCAUUGGGAGCCUUUGUGCCCGGCUCGUUUUGGAAGGCAGAGGGGCAUCGGGGCUGCCCGUCCCUCCCUGUGCCCUUCCUAUGUUGUGCAAUGGCCACAGAGAAGCACGCACCGGGGAGCUCUGGGCACGGCCACGUCCCCGAAAUUUGCACCUGCGAAGACAGAGCGAGCCAGGCGAUGGGAAUGUACGACGGAAUGGAGAAAUAUCGAAUGUUUCUGGACGUGUGCGUUGCCAGAGUCGGGCGAAGAGGUAAACGCGGCUCACAUGCAACGGUUUCGGGGCACAGCGUUAAAACGAGAGAGCGAAUUCAGGCGUCGCCGUCACCGUUCGCGCCGGCUCCUCCUGCCCCGGCAGCUCCCCGCCUCUCCCCGGCACACGCCGCGGAGCUUUGCACCGCUUCUCCGCACGGGAAGGGCUCCUGCGCCCGCGGACGGAUCCCCGACGGCAGCCCCGGGGGCGCGGCCGUGAGCCGGACAGCGGCGGAGCCGCGCUGGAGCGGAGCGCCCUCGGCUUUCUGCUGCCGUCGGGGCAGCCCUUUCCGCGACGGGGGCUUCCCGUCACCGUGUCCCAGGCAGGUGAUGGGCACCUCGGGAUGUGACAACACCCCCCCGAUAUUCCCCUGCAUCGGAGUGUCCGUGACAAAUAGAGGCAACGCGAGGCAGGAAAGGGGGAGGAGGGAGAGAAAGGCGCGCACACAAUAGCCAGGCAAAUUGUUAGUAACUCCGGCGUUCGGGGAAGCCGGUCCUGGAACUGCUCUCUCAUCAGUCACCGCUCCUGAAGUGAUAGUAAAAAUGCAUCUAAACACGCUGCGGUGUGAUGUAUAAAAGCACAGCGGGAUGAGCUGCUUUCCAAAAAGGGACUUGGUGAUUGGAUAUGCCCUGGCAUGAUUGACAAGAGCUUAGUUUGGUAAAGAGAAGACACGCAAGCUUUCACAGCGGGAUUUCUUUUCUAAAAUAUAUCACACUAGCCUUUGAAAAGCGCCGCACACUAUAAGGGAAAUAAGGUUGCUUUAUAGUGCGCUGACAUUUCUUUAAAACACAACUAAGAUCAAAAAAAGAAAUAAAAUGUGUUCCAAACACAAUGUUUUAAUUAGUUUAUUCUGUGCAUUUGCUUUUAUCUGGUGUAUAUAUCACGGAUCCCCACCCUUUAAUUAAAACAACUGGCUGCCUAUACAACAGCGGAGACAAAUGCUUAACUUUCUCCUUUGUACCUACAAGCAAACGCAAUUUACUACAGCACUCAGAAUAGUUUUUAAAAUAAACGUGGUCGCCUCGAAAGCUGUCGGGGAACGGGCGAAGGCAGCGGGAAAUGGCCGUUUCCUGGCUCGGAAAACUCGGGGGGAGGCGGAUCCCGAGGGCAGCACUGCCCGGUCCGGCCCGGCUCCGCAAAGAGCUGGGGGAGCCGCGGGUGGAGUGGGGCGCGGGGGGUUGCUUGGCUGCUUUUGGGGUUUGGU